GUCCCGGAAGGGGCGGGAGGAGGAGCCGGGAGCCGCGAGGAGCCGGGAGCCGCGGCCAUGCUGCGGGCGCUGCGGGCCGGCCUGGCCCCGGGGCGGCUGCAGCCGCAGUCCCUCCUGAGCUGCUGCAGACACUGUUCUACAGGAGCCCUUCCCAAUGAAAGGAUCCGCAACAUCGGGAUCUCGGCCCACAUCGACUCGGGGAAGACGACGCUAACAGAGCGAAUCCUCUUCUAUACGGGCAGGAUCGCACAAAUGCACGAGGUGAAAGGUAAGGAUGGAGUCGGAGCUGUCAUGGAUUCCAUGGAGCUCGAGCGGCAGCGCGGGAUCACAAUCCAGUCUGCGGCCACGUACACCAUGUGGAAAGACACCAACAUCAACAUCAUCGACACACCAGGACACGUAGACUUCACAAUCGAAGUGGAGAGAUCUCUCAGAGUUCUAGACGGAGCUAUUCUGGUUCUGUGUGCUGUUGGAGGAGUUCAGUGCCAGACCAUCACUGUGAACAGGCAAAUGAAACGUUACGGCGUCCCCUUUUUAACCUUCAUCAAUAAACUGGACAGACUGGGCUCUAGUCCAACCAGAGCAGUACAACAGCUGAGAUCCAAGUUAAAACACAACGCAGCUUUUGUUCAGAUCCCGAUUGGGCUGGAGGGGAACUUCAAGGGAAUUAUAGAUCUUAUUGAAGAAAGAGCUAUAUAUUUUGAUGGUGCACUUGGCCAGACUCUUCGGUAUGAUGAAAUUCCAGCUGAGUUCAGAGCUGAGGCUGCAGAGAGACGUCGGGAGUUGAUUGAAUGUGUCGCCAACUCGGAUGAUCAGCUUGGGGAGCUGUUUUUGGAAGAAAAGAUUCCUACGACUGCCGAGUUAAAGCUCGCCAUCAGAAGAGCAACACUGAAGAAAUCCUUUACCCCGGUGCUUGUGGGAAGCGCUUUAAAGAACAAAGGGGUGCAGCCGCUGCUGGACGCCGUCCUGGAAUACCUCCCCAACCCCUCGGAGGUGGAGAACUACGCUAUUCUCAACCAGGGGGAUUCUGAGGACAAAACCAAGUUUCUACUGAACUCCGCUCGAGAUGAUUCCCAACCUUUUAUAGGCCUUGCUUUUAAACUGGAGGCUGGCCGUUUUGGGCAGUUAACCUACGUUCGGGUCUACCAGGGGAUGCUGAAGAAAUCGGAUUAUAUCUAUAACACCAGGACCGGGAAGAAAGUGCGUGUACAGCGGCUCGUCCGGAUGCAUUCGGACAACAUGGAGGACGUAAAUGAGGUUUACGCAGGAGACAUAUGUGCGCUGUUUGGAAUCGAUUGUGCCAGUGGGGAUACGUUCACCGAUAAAACCAGCACUGACAUUUCCAUGGAAUCAAUUCACAUCCCUGAUCCCGUCAUUUCGGUAGCGAUGAAGCCUUCCAACAAGAAUGACUUUGAUAAAUUUGCAAAAGGCCUGAGCCGCUUCACGAGGGAAGACCCCACAUUUCGAACCCAUUUUGAAGAUGAGAGCAAAGAGACCAUAGUUUCUGGCAUGGGGGAGCUGCACCUGGAGAUCUAUGCCCAGCGGAUGGAAAGAGAAUACGGUUGCCCUUGCACCAUGGGAAAGCCAAAAGUCGCCUUUAGGGAGAACGUCUCCGCGCCUGUGCCGUUUGAAUAUACACACAAGAAGCAGACGGGCGGAGCGGGACAGUACGGCAAAGUCAUCGGCGUCCUUGAGCCCCUGGAUCCGGAGGACUACACAAAAUUGGAAUUUGAAGACAGAACCGUUGGCACAAAUAUUCCAAAACAAUUCGUGCCUGCUGUUGAAAAGGGAUUCCGAGACGCGUGUGAGAAGGGGUUUGUGUCGGGGCACAGGAUCUCCGGGGUGCGGUUCGUCCUGGAGGAUGGUGCUCAUCACAUGGUGGACUCCAACGAGAUCUCCUUCAUCAGAGCGGGAGAAGGAGCCCUCAAGCAAGUUGAGCCUUUUUCUGCAGCGAUGGAGAACGCGGCCGUGCGUCUCCUGGAGCCCAUCAUGGCGGUGGAGGUGAUGGCGCCCACGGAGUUCCAGGGCGCGGUGAUCGCCGGGAUUAAUCGCCGGCACGGCGUGAUCACGGGGCAGGACGGCACCGAGGGUUACUUCACUCUCUACGCCGAGGUGCCGCUGAAUGACAUGUUUGGAUACGCCACCGAGCUGCGGUCUUGCACAGAGGGAAAGGGUGAAUAUACAAUGGAAUACUGUAAAUAUCAGCCGUGCUCGCCCAGCACUCAAGAAGAAAUAAUUAACAAAUACCUCGAAGCAACGGGGCGACUUCCUGCGAAAAAGGGCAAAGCCAAGAGCUGAUUUUUUUCCUCUUGAGCACAUUGAACGGUUUUUCACAGUCUACUCUGAAAGCGACAGAAGCAAUCGGGGCUGGCUGGGACUUGGACUUGUCACUUCAUCAUAAUAUCCUUCCUUUGCGGUAUUCUCAGAUGCCACCAGGAGGUUACAAUGGAAUCGAUCACCUGUAAAUGCUGCUCAGCAACAAAAUAUAUAAAAGUUAAAACACUGGUGAUAAUUUGUCUUGAAAUCUGUCUUAACUCAUUUGUAUUAAAAUAAUUUUCAAUGUUGUUUUUACUUGAUACACCA